ACUACACCUUUUCUUGCUUCAUCUACAGAAGUAAAAAAGGAAAUCCGACUCAGAGCUACAAAGUGCAAACCCUAUUCCUCCGUCACAAUGCACGCAAAAACCGACUCGGAGGGAACGAGUCUCGACUCCUCGUGGCCGCCACGAUCGCCUAGACGGCCGGUCUACUACGUGCAGAGCCCGUCAAACCACGAUGUCGAAAAAAUGUCAUACGGGUCGAGCCCGACAGGUUCCCCACCGCACCACUACUACCACUGCUCACCCAUUCAUCAUUCCCGGGAAUCCUCCACCUCGAGGUUCUCGGCGUCACUCAAGAACCCUAGGAACCUCUCUGCCUGGAAGCACGUCCAGCUGGGUCACGAACGAGAUGAUGACGACAGCGACGAAAUGGACGGUCGUCAUGACGGUGGUGCCAAAUUCAGGCUGUAUGUUUGCCUUGUUCUGAUGUUUGUUCUUUUGUUCAUGAUCUUCUGUUUGAUUCUCUACGGUACCGGUAGAGCUUACCAGCCUGAAAUCUCAGUCAAGAACAUGGUUUUCGAGAGCUUCUUCGUGCAGGCCGGCAAUGAUCAAUCAGGUGUGCCAACAGAUAUGCUGUCUUUGAAUUCAACGGUCAAGAUUUCAUUCAAAAACCCAGCCACCUUCUUUGCCGUCCACGUAACCUCCACUCCAUGGGAACUCAGCUAUUUCCAGCUCAAGUUAGCCUCUGGACAGUAAAUUAAUGUACCAAAAUAUGUGGUGGGUUUAUAAUUUUGUUGCAAUUAAUGGUAGAUGAAGAAGUUUACACAAUCAAGAAAGAGUAAGAGAACGAUUGUAAGAGUGGUGCAAGGGCAUCAAAUACCAUUGUAUGGGGGGAUACCAGUUCUUUUGAAUGCCAUGCAGCACCUGAAUAGUGUAUCAGUGCCAUUGAACCUGACUUUCACAAUGAGGUCCAGAGCUUACAUUUUGGGCAAACUGGUGAAGACCAAAUUCUAUAAGAGAAUCAGAUGUUCUGUUGUUCUGAGAGGCAACAAGCUCGGAAAGGCACAUGAUCUGACAAAUUCAUGCAGUUAUCAGUGAGAAUACUGGUUAGACAUAUCUAUCGGCAAUUUGGCAACUUAAAACUUCAUUUACUAAACUUCUUGACAUGCAAAAAACUCUCACUGCUCUUGGAUGUUUCAAAAUUGAGGAUAGAUUCUUGCUUUCUGCUUUCUGCUUUCUGUUUUUUGUUUGCUAUGUAAAUUCUACAGUUGUAUUUCUAACUUUUUUUGGAAGAAAUCGGGGAAUUUUUU